AGCGAAAACAAAGAUGGCGGCGGCGCCGGGGCCGGCGGCCGGGGCGGCUGCGGGGAGACGCGCGGCCCGGGCCCUCUGAGCGGCGCGGCGGGAGCGGGCGGCGGGGCGCGGCGGCGGCGGGAGCGGCGGGAGCGGCGGGAGCGGCGGGAGCGCGCGGCGCCCCGACUUCCAGCCGCGGGAGCGCGCCGGCAGCCGCCCGCCGGGCCGGCCGGCCGCGAUGUCCGGCGCCGAGGAGGCCGGCGGCGGGGGCGGCCCGGCCGCGGGGCCCGCGGGCGCCGUGCCGGCCGGGGUCGGGGCGGCCGCGGGGCCGGCGGCGGCGCUGGGCGAGGCGGCGGGGCCCGGGCUCCCGGACGAGGCCGGCGCCCGGCAGCUGCAGGACGCGGCCGGCGACCCCGACGCGCCGCCCAAGAAGCGGCUGCGGGCGGCCGAGGCCGAGGCGGCGGCGGCGGGCAGCGGGAAGCUGGAGGAGCGGCUCUACUCGGUGCUGUGCUGCACCGUGUGCCUGGACCUGCCCAAGGCCUCCGUGUACCAGUGUACUAACGGUCACUUGAUGUGCGCUGGCUGUUUUAUCCACCUACUAGCAGAUGCCCGGCUGAAGGAGGAGCAGGCCACCUGCCCCAACUGCCGCUGUGAGAUCAGUAAGAGCCUUUGCUGCAGGAACCUGGCCGUGGAGAAAGCCGUGAGCGAGCUGCCCGCAGAGUGUGGCUUCUGCCUGCGCCAGUUUCCUCGCUCCCUCCUGGAGAGGCACCAGAAAGAGGAGUGCCAAGACAGGGUGACACAGUGCAAGUACAAGCGCAUCGGCUGCCCAUGGCACGGUCCCUUCCACGAGCUGACCGUGCACGAGGCUGCAUGUGCCCACCCCACCAAGACGGGCAGCGAGCUGAUGGAGAUCCUGGACGAGAUGGACCAGAGCCACCGCAAGGAGAUGCAGCUCUACAACAGCAUCUUCAGCCUGCUCAGCUUUGAGAAGAUCGGUUACACAGAGGUCCAGUUCCGGCCGUACCGCACGGACGACUUCAUCACACGCCUGUACUACGAGACGCCGCGGUUCACGGUGCUGAACCAGACGUGGGUGCUGAAGGCUCGCGUGAACGACUCGGAGCGCAACCCCAACCUUUCGUGCAGGCGUACACUGUCCUUCCAGCUGCUGCUCAAGAGCAAGGUCACGGCGCCGCUCGAGUGCUCCUUCCUGCUGCUCAAGGGCCCCUACGAUGAUGUGCGCAUCAGCCCUGUCAUCUACCACUUUGUCUUCACCAACGAGAGCAACGAGACGGACUACGUGCCCCUGCCCAUCAUCGACUCGGUGGAGUGCAACAAGUUGCUGGCUGCCAAGAACAUCAACCUGCGGCUCUUCCUCUUCCAGAUCCAGAAGUAACAGCGGGACGGCCGCAGGCGCUCGGGACUCAGCUUUUCUUUUCCUUUUUUUUUUUUUUUUCUUUUUUUUUCUUUUUUUUUUUUUUUUUUUUUUUUUUAGGAGAAGGAGUGCGUAGGCAAGCACCAGCCUGGGCCGCCUGCAUGUCUGCGCAGCAGGAGUCCUCGCCCAGUGCCCUGCCUCGGAGGACCCACCGGGCCUGGAGGACUCGGCGUGUUUGAUUGCAUUAAAAAGGCAGCCUUGUUUCCUACUUGCUGUUUUGUUGGCGGGGAAAAGCAAGGCAAGAGUGAUGGCAAGGACAGCAGAACGCCCCCAGCCCCCAUCCUUGCCACCGCACUUGUGUGCCCUGCCCUGCCCCCAGAAAGACUCAGAGACUGCCUGCCCUCCAACACCGCUGGGGGCGUCCCUGAGACCCCCCAGGGAAGUCGGAAUGCAGGGUGAGAUUGGGGGAGAGGAUGCGCAGGCUGAAGGGUCAGGGCCUGCUGGGUCAGCCUCCAGGGCCCAGCACUCCAGACUAGGGGUCCUGCCCUGGGGACCGUCCCACCUUCUGUGCAGUGGCUGGGGCAGGGCCACGGCCUGGAAGGCUGGUCUGGGGCCCGCCUUUGCCCUUGACCCUUACAGCUUCUAGGAGGGGCAUAGCCCAGCCCACCGUGCUUUGUAUAGAUGUGACCGCUUGUUGCCACAAUACCAAAGAACCCAUUUUGUCUGCCCUGCCAAGCCACCCAGGAGCCUGAUCCCUGCUUCCCGCCAGGGCCUGGCACCCCUGUGCCCUGUGGGACCUGAGCCAGGGGAAGGAGGCACUGUGGGCUGGAGUCUGCUCACUUCCCCGUACAGGGUAGUAGGCUGGGGCCCUUCUGCUCCAGGCCUGCUGUGAGCUCCCAGCCAGAGUGAGGGGCCCAGGGCCACCUGCUGGUCGACCUUCUGCACACCCUUGGGCUUGGGUACCUCCAGGGGGCAUUCCACUGUCUGCUCCCACUCCCACCCCACAGCAGAGGUGUGGCACCCUUGUGGACGCACAGGGCAGGAGUGGAUGGGGAGGGCUUAUGUGCACCCACUUUAGGGGUAUGCAACAUGCUGAUUGAUCCCCGGGAAAGAGGUUCCUGGAGAGGUGCAGCUGGGGUGGGUGAAGCAGGAGCGGGGAGCCCGGAGAGGGCACAGCUCUGCACAGAUGAGCAUGCCCAGGACUGCCAAGGUAGGGCCCCAGGGAGAAGAGAGGCUGCAGAGUAAAGGGGUUGCCCACGGACACGUGGAAGGCAAGGGCAGCACCCUUGCGUAUGUGCCAGGGGUCUGCCUGGAGCUGUGCACAUGUGCUGAACCAUCCAGCCUGGGAAUUCUGGGUCCCUGGGGCAGCUGCCUACAGACCUGUGCAGCAGCAUCACCCUGGGCCUAGGUCACCCUGGUUCUCGUUGCCAGGUGCCAUCACCUCUGUCCCAUGGGCCAGGCCACCCAAAGUGACGUUUUCAGACAAUAAAGUGGUUUUCUAAGGAGCG